AAAAUAGCUGAGGAAAGAAGGGGAGAAGACGCAAGGGAGAAAAAACGAUCUGUGUUUGAGCGACGAUCGAGUUCGCAACCCGGCGAAGAUUCCAUUUCCGGCGAGUGGCUUUCUUCGGCGGAGGCGGCAGAUCGAGCGCUGAAAAUCGAGCAACUGAAGGAAGCCAAUGCCGACUGUAAGGGGGGGACCAGAGAUGUCGCAACGAACGUUAAGGCCACUGUCGCAUUUGAAAACAACAAGCUCCGAGCCAGAUGGUGGACAAGCAACGAACCGGCACAGUGUUGACCGCAGCCCGAGAGUCAGUGACAGAAGGUCUCCAAGAGCGCAUACGGCUGAGAAGAAAGCACUUGCAAAUUCACCGUUGCAGAAGAAACGAACUAGCCGAAUCUCUAACCUUGAAUCUCAAUUGGGCCAAGCACAAGAUGAAGUAAAAAAAUUGAAAGAACAAUUGGCAUAUGCACAGAGUGCCAAGAAAGAGCCCGCAAUGGAGUCAGAAGAAACCAAGAAACGGAUUUCUACUGAUCAACCUUCUACUCUUGAUGUUGGCCAAGAACCAGUUAGCCCGAUGGCAGAUUUCCCUGCAUCACCGAACACUCCACCAGAAAAGGAGAAACCUUGUGCAAUGAAUCUAGAGGAUGAGAUGCCAUCGGAGGAGAGCUUAGACUUGCAGGGCAUUGGUAAUUCAAGCAGUAGUCAUGAAUUCAAAAGUGUUCUGAAAACGGACAGUACUAUUUCAGAAGUAUCUGACAUGCUGCAUAAGAGCGGUGGGUGCACAGAAAGCAUGGGGAGUGCAGAAAUAAUGGAACUGAAGGCAAAGCUGCUCAGACAAGAACAAGACCUGAUGAGGCUUUCUCGAGAGAAUGAAGACCUUAAACUUCAGUUGUUGGAGGUUGAAGAGCUAAGGACAAAAGAAGAGGAAACAGCCGAACAGGUGAAGCGAUUAACUGAAGAACUCGAAGAAAGCAAGCAGAGGACAACACAAGCGACCGAGCAACUUGAAGUAACAAUUCAGUCAAAAUCAGAGUUGGAAGCAGAGAUGAAGAGGGUGAAAGUGCAGGCAGAGCAAUGGAGGAAGGCAGCGGAAGCAGCGACUGCCAUGUUGACAUCAGUAGAUAACUAUGUUGGUUCAGAGAUCAAUGGCCGAUGUGGGAAUAAACACUUGCCUCAUGGUUUAGAGGACUCUGGUUAUAUGGGUUCAGACUCUCCAAUGACAGAUAGCAUGGAAGAUGUCUAUGCAGGAAAGCGAAAGGGAGGUGCAGGAAUCAAGAGAUUUGGUGAAUUUUGGAAGAAGAAAGGCCCCAAGUAGUGUGAUCCUGCUUGCUCUUCAGUUUUUCCUUUUUCUUUUUUUCUUUUUCGACGUUAACGUGUGAUGCUCCUGUUCUUUUAUUGUAAUUCAAGAGGGUAAGCUCCUUUCUUGUCCCUCCUUUGACGGAAGUAGGAGAGAGAAAAAAGAAAAGAAGUUCGGCAAUGGGAGAUGGAGGGCGGAAAGAGAGUGCUAUCUUUUUAACGAAAUUACAAAAUUUUCAUGAAUCA